AUGUCAUUUUGCGGGAAGAAAUACCGAAGGUCCCACUGUGAAAACAUCAACGAGCUAGUGAAAGCUUCGAACAUGCAUGACGUCAUACAAACUUUCGAAAAGUUUGCGCCUACCAUUUGCUUCACCCGGCUGGACAAGGAAACCUUUCAUAUGGACCUUCAGGUGGGCACCAAGCACGUGGGUCACACUUUUACGCUGGAAGAGGAACAAGAGAUGGAGAGAAGAGACGGAUCUAAGGUGAGAAUUACGUACACCCUACACGGAGACAACGUGUUGCAUCAGAUGAUAAAGCUUCCGGAUGGGAAAUCUGCCUAUUUCCGGCGAGAAUUCUCCGACACCGACUGCACCAUGACGAUAGCCUUAGAAGGCGUAGAACAAACUGGAACUAUAUGGUAUGAAAGAAUCGCCUAA